AAGUGGUGCCGGAGAAUCUGUUUUCGAGAGAUCGCAAUGUUUAUUUGGCUGUGACUCUUCCUGCUUUAUUUUGUGGGGCUGCUGGCGAGCGGCUCCCCUCGCCCGGAGAAUUAUGGACAAGAAAAAAAAGCCUCUGGAUGUAACAGUCAGUUCGCUGAUAGAUUUGAAAGCUGAACUGUUCCGAAAACAGGAAGAAUUCAAGAAAGAGAAACUUCUGAAAGAUGCGGGAGUCCCUAUAAAGCCCAAAGCAGUAAACAAGAAACCAACCAUUUGGGCUAAGCAGAACAAAGGUGUUUCAGAUCGAGCUGAAAAAGAUGCAGAGCAGAAGAUAGAGGAGCAGCAAACUCUGGAUAAAUCAAGGCAGAAACUGGAAGAGAAAGCACUUCUGUAUGAAAAAAUGACCAAGGGAGAUUUUCCAGAUGAAGAAACUGAAGAGUUAUAUCUUGUGGAUUUCACUCAGAAGAUAAUUGACAAACAGAGAGAAGUACAAGAACUAUGUACCAGUGAAACUGCCAAAAAGGCAAUGGGGGAGGAGAAUGGAGAAGAAGAGAGAUUCUCUGAAGGAGAGGUCCCACCUUCACAGAACCCAGAUGAAGAAUGGGUUGAAUAUGUGGAUUAUUUAGGCCGUUCAAGAAGAUGUAUGAAGAAAGAUUUGCCCCUUCGGCUAAGAAUGGAUGAACAGAUCCAGGAGGAGAGCAGUCCAAUGACUGAAAAAAAGACCCUACUGUCAGAAGACAUGAGAAGGGAGCUUCAGCGUCAGGAAUGGGAGAGAGAGGAAGAAGAAGCGCUGAAGAGACCUAUGGGGCCAAUUCAUUAUGAAGACAUUCGAGAAAAUGAGGCCCGACAGCUUGGUGUUGGUUACUUUGCCUUUGCUCGUGAUCAGGCUGUGAGAAAAAAACAAAUGGACACUUUGGAAAUGCUAAGAGAACAGACCAUCGGUCAGAGAACAAAGCGUGAGCAUUUAAAGGAAAAACGUAAAGCUAACUUGGAGGCCAGGUUGUCUAAAAUUCGAGCAAAAAAGCACUUAAAAGAUGGCGAUAUGAAAGAAAAUGGAGAGGAGGAAGCUCCAACGCCAGUCCUACCUUCAAGCAAGCCCACUGAACCGCCCAGAGUUUCUACAGAAAGUAGGAAAGUAGAAGUUAUUAUUCAGGAGAGGAAAGAUACAAAGCCAGGUGUGCCGUAUGUUCGUGAAUGGGAUAAAGGCAAAGAAUUCACUUUUGGACUUUGGUCAAAGAAGCAGAAUGAUCUCAGGAAUGAAAGAGAUCCAGAGUUUGCACCACCUUCUGCUUACUUUAACAGUCAAAAGAAAUGUUAUGAUUUGAAUAACCAAAAUUGGAACAAAUCUGAAUCCUCCUAUGUAAGUACAGAAGACAGUUUUACAGGCAACUUGCCAUCUACAUCAGCUGAGACUCACAAUAACUCAUGGAACAAUGACUUCACACCCACUCAGGCAGCUGAGAUGAGGACGUCAAACCAAGAGCCAGUUUACCAAAGUUUGGAUGAUAUGCUCUCCUACUAUAAGCAAGUCACCUGAACUUCAUAUGCUGUUAGCAAAACAAUAUGUUCCCUGAUGAUUAAAAAGAAUUAAGGAUAGUUUCUGUGAGCAGGUGAACUUUUCUGCAAUUCCCUUCUCUCUUAUCAAUUCUAAUAUUAAAGAAUUCGCUUCAAAGAUA